AUGGCUCCCACCCAGCAGAUUGCCGCCGCUGCCCUGGCUGCCGCGGGCUGCACGGCCUUCGUGGCCGCGCCGAGCACCGCCCGCCUGCCCGCUCUGCGCAGCAGCGCCCAGGCCCAGGCGGCCCAAGCGGCCCAGACCAAGGCCUCCGCCAGCACUGGUCUAGCUCUUUGCGGGCUGGGUGCAGCGGUGGGCGCCGCGGUCGCUGCGCCGAGGAAGGAGAGGGCAGCGCUCCGCGCUUUCGAGAACGAGCUUGGAGUGCAAGCCCCUCUGGGCUUUUGGGAUCCCGCAGGUUUCACUUCCGAUGGCGAUGCACAGGAAUUCUACCGCCGCCGCGUGGUCGAGAUCAAGCAUGGACGCGUGUCAAUGCUCGCGUGCACCGGCUACAUUGUGCAGGAGUUCGUCCGUUUCCCGGGCUUCCUCUCCCCGAGCACGGACCUCAAGUUUGCCGACGUCCCGAAUGGUCUCAAGGCCGUCACUAUUGUGCCCGCCGUCGGCUGGUUCCAGUACACGGUCUUCUGCGGUCUGUGCGAUCUUUGGAUUGCCGACCAGAGGCCAACCAACCCGCCUGGCAAGCUCCAGACGCGUCUCUUCGGUGAGGAAGCUUUGAACUACGACUACGGUUUCCUGGGCAUUCCGGCAUACCUGGGCGGGAAGCCCGUGGAGGAGCUCAUCGCCGGCACUGGUGGCCCUCUCCCUGACAUGUUCUGGGACCCCGCGGGCAUCAGCGAGACGUGCACUGAGAAGGAGCUUCUUCAGUACCGAGCCAUCGAGCUGAAGCAUGGCCGUGUGGCCAUGCUCGCCGUGCUUCACUGGUUCCACGUCGCCGCAGGCUAUCACCUCCUAGGCGACUACGCAGCAGGUGAGAAAAUGAGCAACAACCCGCUGGUCAACAUUACCCAGUUGCCGAUGGCAGGCAUGUGGCAGGUGGUCUUCACGAUCAUGUGCUUGGAGUGGCUAACCACCUACAUCUGCAAGCCCCCUGCGGACCGCCCUUGGGAUGUGCUCGGAUGGAAGGGCAUCAUCGUCGAGGACUACCCAUCUGAGAUCUGGAAUGGCUGGAAGCGCGUCCAGCGCCAGGAACUCAACAACGGCCGCCUGGCCAUGAUUGGCAUUACGGGGCUCGUGGCACAGGACGUUGUCACUGGAGAGUAUGCCGCGGGUGUCGGCCAGCUUUGCGGCGGCGCCGACAUCUGCAAGCCAUUGACGGACGUCGCGGUCGCGGACUUCGACUUCACUCCCUGGCAGCAGUUGCCUCCCAUUGACGACUUUGUCAACAAUGCCCCGUCCUGGGCUAUGCCACCUGCCCUGACCUACAACUGGAACAUGAUCCCUUUGCUGUGGCAUUCUGUUUGUGCCGUCAUGUGCAAGCUUUGUGUUUGCCAGCUCUGUCCCUUCGCCUUGAACUAUCUGAGAUGUGGCGGGCGUGUGUUUGCAGGUGACUUCGGAGGCAUGGGAAUGGCAUGGUCUCCCUCCCUCUUCACCGCCCUUCCUGAGGAGUUGCUGGCAGAAGUCGAGAUUCUGCUGCCACUACCUCGUCAUCAUACCAGGCGUGCAGAAGCAGUGGAGGCCCUGGAGGAUGCACGAUCGCAGCACUUUCAGAACACCAUGGCUCCCACCCAGCAGAUUGCCGCCGCUGCCCUGGCUGCCGCGGGUUGCACGGCCUUCGUGGCCGCCUCCGCCAGCACUGGUCUAGCUCUUUGCGGGCUGGGUGCAGCGGUGGGCGCCGCGGUCGCUGUGCCGAGGAAGGAGAGGGCAGCGCUCCGCGCUUUCGAGAACGAGCUUGGAGUGCAAGCCCCUCUGGGCUUUUGGGAUCCCGCAGGUUUCACUUCCGAUGGCGAUGCACAGGAAUUCUACCGCCGCCGCGUGGUCGAGAUCAAGCAUGGACGCGUGUCAAUGCUCGCGUGCACCGGCUACAUUGUGCAGGAGUUCGUCCGUUUCCCGGGCUUCCUCUCCCCGAGCACGGACCUCAAGUUUGCCGACGUCCCGAAUGGUCUCAAGGCCGUCACUAUUGUGCCCGCCGUCGGCUGGUUCCAGUACACGGUCUUCUGCGGUCUGUGCGACCUUUGGAUUGCCGACCAGAGGCCAACCAACCCGCCUGGCAAGCUCCAGACGCGUCUCUUCGGUGAGGAAGCUUUGAACUACGACUACGGUUUCCUGGGCAUUCCGGCAUACCUGGGCGGGAAGCCCGUGGAGGAUGCGGAGUUGAAGACGAAGAAACUUAACGCUGAAAUCGCUAACGGCCGCCUGGCCAUGAUGGCGAUCAUCGGAAUGUUUUUCCAAGAUGGUCUCACAGGCUCUGCCUGGGGUGAUUGGGCGAAUUACACGGAGUCCCCUCUCCGUGCAUUUGAGACGGAACUCGGUGUCCAGCCUCCUACCGGUUUCUGGGAUCCUCUUGGCUUUACUAAGGGCGGCGAUGCAGCCUCCUUCCGUCGCCGCCGCUACGUGGAACUGAAGCACGGGCGCGUGGCGAUGCUGGCGUGCAUGGGGUACAUUGUUCCCGAGUAUUACCGCUGGCCGGGUGACCUCUCUUCGUCUUUGGGUCUCAAGUUCACAGAUGUCCCAACAGGUUUCGCCGCCUUUUCCAAGGUGCCUUUGAGCGGCUGGGCACAGAUGGUGGCGUUCGCGGGCAGUGUGGAGCUUUUCCAAUACGUCGAUGAUCCCAAGCGUGCCCCAGGCGACUUCGAGAACGCAGGCAACCUUGGCAUCCCGAACGGUUUCGUGAAGGCGCCGGCGGACCAGAGGGAGAAGAAGCUGGCAGCCGAGAUCGCCAAUGGCAGGCUGGCCAUGAUGGCCAUCAUUGGCAUGUUUUUUCAGAACGGAUUGACAGGACAGGCUUGGGGCGACUGGUCGCUCUACACUGACUCCCCGCUGCGUGCUUUGACGCCUGCGCAGGAGCUCAUCGCCGGCACUGGCGGCCCUCUCCCUGACAUGUUCUGGGACCCCGCGGGCAUCAGCAAGUCGUGCACUGAGAAGGAGCUUCUCCAGUACCGAGCCAUCGAGCUGAAGCAUGGCCGUGUGGCCAUGCUCGCCGUGCUUCACUGGUUCCACGUCGCCGCAGGCUAUCACCUCCUAGGCGACUACGCAGCAGGUGAGAAAAUGAGCAACAACCCGCUGGUCAACAUUACCCAGUUGCCGAUGGCAGGCAUGUGGCAGGUGGUCUUCACGAUCAUGUGCUUGGAGUGGCUAACCACCUACAUCUGCAAGCCCCCCGCGGACCGCCCUUGGGACGUGCUCGGAUGGAAGGGCAUCAUCGUCGAGGACUACCCAUCUGAGAUCUGGAAUGGCUGGAAGCGCGUCCAGCGCCAGGAACUCAACAACGGCCGCCUGGCCAUGAUUGGCAUUACGGGGCUUGUGGCACAGGACGUUGUCACUGGAGAGUAUGCCGCGGGUGUCGGCCAGCUUUGCGGCGGCGCCGACAUCUGCAAGCCAUUGACGGACGUCGCGGUCGCGGACUUCGACUUCACUCCCUGGCAGCAGUUGCCUCCCAUUGACGACUUUGUCAACAAUGCCCCGUCCUGGGCUAUGCCACCUGCCCUGACCUACAACUGGAACAUGUGA